UUGAUGGAUAAAUCCCAGGAAUGGUAGUCGAGCGCAGAUCAGAACAGAGGUUAGCAGAUGGAAUAUGGCUCUCUCCAGAGGUUUGAGAUGCUGUCAAAGGGUUUUCUCCUGGAUACCUGUUCUUAUUAUAACCUCCGUAGUGUUGUGGUCAUACUACGCCUACGUCUUUGAGCUAUGUCUUUUUACACUCACCAACGCACUGGAAAAAGUGGCCUAUCUACUGGUUUUUCAUGUUUGCUUUGUGAUGUUCUCUUGGACCUACUGGAAGUCCAUAUUUACUCCUCCUGCAUCACCAUGCAAAAAGUUUCAGCUGUCAUACUCAGACAAGCAAAGAUACGAGAUGGAAGAGAGGCCAGAUGCUCAAAAACAAAUCCUGGUUGAAAUAGCGAAGAAACUGCCCAUCUUUAGUCGAGCUCAAUCUGGAGCUAUCAGGUUCUGCGACCGCUGCCAGGUACUGAAGCCUGACCGCUGUCACCACUGCUCGGUUUGUGAAACAUGUGUCUUGAAGAUGGACCAUCACUGUCCCUGGGUAAACAACUGUGUGGGCUUUUCCAACUACAAGUUUUUCCUACUUUUCCUCUCCUACUCCAUGCUGUACUGUGUAUUCAUUGCAGCAACAGUCUUUCAGUACUUCCUCAAAUUCUGGGAGGGGGACUUGCCAAAUGGGCCUGCAAAGUUCCAUGUCCUCUUCCUUAUGUUUGUGGCGCUCAUGUUCUUCGUCAGUCUCAUGUUCCUCUUUGGCUACCACUGUUGGUUGGUGGCCAAGAACCGAUCCACUUUAGAGGCCUUUUCAGCUCCAGUUUUUGUCAGUGGCCCAGACAGAAAUGGCUUUAAUGUUGGCAUACUCAGAAACCUGCAGCAGGUAUUUGGAGAGGAUCGGAGGCUGUGGUUCAUCCCUGUUUUCACAAGCCAAGGGAACGGCCACUACUUCCCCUUGAAGAAUCGGAGUUCUGAAUCCCACAACCCUUUAUUAGCUAAUGAGGACAUGUGGGAGGAGUCAGAUGAUGGCUCUGAGGAGGGAAGCUUAGUUGAGGACCAAGACCCGUCUGUUACCAUUGAGAUGGAAGAAUAGUAACCAAAUGUAAGGACAAUUUACACUGGUGGAUGUGGAUUAAUAUUGCACACACUGUGUACCACAAGGCAAAUGCUUUCCAAAUAAUGUGGAUGUUCAGACACUCUGAAAGAAAAUUCUGAAUGGGGCCAAACGUGUGGAUAUAAACCUGCAUUAGAAUGACGUUGGAUUGUCAUUGCCACUUCUACCCGUGUGUUUUACAUAAUGAUCAAUAGAGGAACUCAACGGACAACUAGUAACAUCACCUUUACUCAUGGACAACAGUAUCAGCUUGAUUUAGAAAAAGUUGUCAAAUGUUACCUUGCAUACAAAAAGACUGUGAUACUAAACUGUUAUUUACUAUAUAUAUAUAUAUAUACACAUACACAUACACACACACACACACACACACACACUCUACCGGUCAAAAGUUUGGGGUCACUUACAAAUUUCCAUGCCACUCCAUUAUAGACAGAAUACCAGCUGAUCUGAGUGGGGGUGGCUGAUCUUUAAUGCAAUAUCUACAUUGCCCAUUAUCAGCAACCAUUGAUCCAAUGUUCCAGAGGCACAUUCUGUUUACUAAUCUGAUAUCAUUUUAAAAAACUGAGAAAACACUGGAGAAUCCUUUUGCAAUUAUGUAAGCACAUAAUGUAAUUUGAAAACUGCUGACCGGGUUAAAAAAACAAUGUAACUGACCUCAGCUGGUAUUCUGUCUAUAAUGGAGUGCAAUGGCAUCAGGGGGGUUGUAAAUUAGUUGUUGGGCCGCGACUUCAUAGUGUUGAACCUUUCAGAGCUCAGUCUGCGCAGGGUGGUAUCUUAAUUUACACCCAUAAUGCUCCAGAGGUCGGUUGUAGUGAUUCACUUGUCUGGCCUCUACCAGUUUGGGUCUUUACUUUUUUGAUUGAACAUAAGCAUAUUAUAAUACCCGGCUUAACCUCCACCUUAUUAAUAUAUUUAUUCUUGUGUUUUGGGAGUGGAUUUCUCCUAAGAAUGUAUCCAACCCCCUGCUUGUGAAUAGACUCCAAUGUUAGCCACAAUGUUGAUAUCAAAUGCAGUGAACAGCUGGAUUGUAAAGUCUGAGAUGAGCAUUAAAAAAAGAUUACAAUCUUGUUUUCCACCAUAUCAGCCAUCCCUAGCAGCAUGAUACCUCUUCUGUGUGGAUGCAAAGUAAAAGGAAAAUGAAGUGACAUUAGCUUUCAUCAAAGGCACACAGUCUGUCAUAGGAGAGGACAGAGGUUCUUCUAGAUGUGUUUUCACUUUUAAUCUUUUAAACAUGCAGAUAACUGUAAAUAUAUAUAUAUAUAUAUAUAUAUAAUGACUGAUCCUCAUCCACAGGUUGGUAGAGGUCAGCGAUCUUCUGCAAUAUGCUGUUCUACAUUUUUUUUCUACCUGUGUUUAUGUAUUUGGACAUUUUUAAUACCAAUGAAACAGAUUGUCCUUAUUGUGUUUUAUUUCUGGAAUUGUGUAUUUAGCCAAUGUACUUAGUUAUGAAAACUGUUUCCGUAAUUGAGAACACCAAUUUAGUUAGUACAAAGUUAGGCCUUUAUCAAACCUUGAUGCUGUUUGAUCUUGACACUUUAACUUACUUCAUCAGAUCUGUAUUUCUACCAUCUUGGGAAAGCCAAAUCGAAUGCUGCUCAUGUCUAACAAAUGCAUAACAUACAUAAGUAAUUUAUUAGUUCAAACUGUCGUCUUUUUUUAUCCAAGGUAUGAUUCAGUGUUUGGAAGCAUGUAUAAAACGUCAGGGGAAAAUGUUGAGUGUUUCGUGUAAUCUGGUGUCUGUCUAUUGUUAUAAUCUUCAUCUUUUUUCUGUGUAUUGAGUUUAGUGAUUCAUAACUGCUGCAGUGAGUGUCUGUAUAUUUUGUGAAACUUAAAAUAAACUAUCAGCAAUGUGCGUUUAUCAAAUAGUAGGAUUAUUAUAACAUUAGAAGAUGCGCAAUAUACCCAGUUUGAUACAGAGUUCAAUAUUGCUUCAUCACAUACAGUAUGGUCCCUUUUGAAUUGUCUUCGGAGUAUGUUAUGUGACGUUUCCCUUUUUUUUUUAAACACAUCUGAACCACCAAAAGUACUGAUACUGUUUGCUGUUGUGUCUUUUAACAAAUAUAAAUUAUUUAUUUUCCAUCAGUCUUAACAUGCAAAAUAAAGUGAUCCAAGUGGAACUCUU